AUGGUGCUUGAAUUUGAUUACGGUGUUAAUACAGGAAAUCGUUUUCUUGAAUUUGUUGAUCAUGAUGAAGAACCUGAAGCAUUUAUUGCUGCUCAAACAAAAGAAGAAGUCAAACAAAAAAAAUCAUUAACAAAAGAUGUUAAACAACCAACGAAAAAAUCUACAACUAAAAUAACAACUUCAACAGCAACAACAACAACAACAACAACAGCAAAGACUAAUAAAGAAAAUUUAACUACAAAAUCAACUAAUGUUGAACAACGACGACAACAAUCAGCUACUGUACCAGCUGUUUUUAGUGAUAAUAACAAUCAACAAAUACGUGGUGAUAGUGCUCGAGGCACUCGUGGUGGUUCAAGAAGAGGUGGACCACCUUAUGAAGGUGCUGGUCGUGGACGUUCUCAACGUUUUAAUAAAUUUGAAGGACAAGGUUCAUCAUCAACAAAUGAAACAUCUUCAUUUGAUCAAAGUGGUGAAACUUGGAAUAAUGAAACAGGAACUCGUGGUAGUGGUCGCGGACGUGGUGGACCAAGACGUGGUAAUUUUGAAGGUGGCCGUGGAGGUAUUGGUGGUGGUCGAGGUCGUGGACGUGGUGCACGUGGAAAUUUCAAUAAUCGAAAUCAAGAAGAAGGUUCACAACAAGAUAAUAGUGGUUGGCAACAAACUACUGAGGAAUGUUUAAUCGAUUGGCAUUCGAUCGAUCAUGAUGAGUUAUCAAAUUUUGAAAGUACUCGUCCACCAUCAAAUCGUGAAUUUGAUCAAGAAGGAUCACCACAGGAACGACCAUUUGAACCUGAUAAUACACGACGUAAUCCUCGUGGUAAUUAUCGUGGUCGAACAUUUCAUAAUAAUCGUAAUUAUGGUGAUCGUGAAGGUACUGAAGGUUCUCAAGAAGAUUAUCGAACUAAUCGUCGUCAAACUGAUCGUCAACCACGUUCAUUUGUUUCAAGUGUUAAACCAAUUGAAAAAAAAGAUGGUGAAGGUGCACAUAAUUGGGGUAAACCAACAGAAAAUCCUGAAGAACAUCCAAUAACUGAUGAAACAACUGAAACAACAGGACCAACAUCAAAAGAUUGGGCACAACAAGUUGAAGAAGCUGAAAAACAAAUGACAUUGGAUGAAUAUAAAAGACAACUUGAAGCAAAAAAACGUGCAUAUCAAGAAAAAUUACCACAAUUUAAAACACGUGUUGCUGGUGAAGGUGAAGAUCCAAAAAAUUGGCAUAAAUUUGAACAAGAAUAUCGAAAAAAAACUGGUGAUGAUGAAGAUGAAGAUGAAGAAGAUGAAGAUGGAAAAAAUGAAAGUGGUGAAGAACUUGAAGAAGAACAUAUAGGUGGAAAGAAAAAACUUAUUACAAUUCCACUUCGUUUUAAACCAAUUGAACUUUCACGUGGUUCAGCUGGUUCAAGAGGUGGACAACGUCGUGGUGGUAAUCGUUUUCGACCAAAUCGUGAUGAACAACCAAGAUCUACUUCACCAACUCAAGGUCAAAGUUCACCAUCAUCUCAACAAUAUGAUGAUCAACAAGGUUCAUCAUAUCGAGGUGUACGUCGUGGUGGUGAUUAUCGUCGUCCUACUCGUGGUUCGCGUCAAGGAGGUCGUACAAAUGCUGAUCCAAAUGCACCAGCACUUGAUAAUCCAGAAGAUUUUCCUACACUUCCCAAACAGUAA